AUGGGUUGGCGUCCCGUGCAGAAUCUGGGGUGCAGGAAGUCCAAAGGCUUGUUGAUCCGCCUGGUGUCUCCGGCAUCUAGGGCAGAGGCACACGUCUCCCUGCAGAUCUACAUCUUGUUCGAUGUUUGCUCUUGGACUAGAUGGAGGCAGCAACAUCGAGACGGCAGGCACAACGAUCAUGACCCAGAAGCUGUCACUUCGCCAAGAGCUUGCGGCCGUGCCUCAUGUCCGAAUUGCUGGCGAGACCGGGCAUGGACUUCGUAUGCGGUGGAUGAUGGUGGAUGCUGGCUUGGCAUACUUUGGGAUCGGACAAGCUAG